AUGGCGCCCAAAAACUCCCGCCACUAUCUCCCAAUGAACUCAAUGCUCUUCAACAGCCAAACUUCCCUGCGCUCAUCGUCUCUCGCCAUCAAUCAGGACCCAGCCCUGGCCAACCUCCACGAGGCACAAGAUAUCACUAUUACCGCACUCCCGCAGCCCGUCGCUAAACAGCUGCCGACUACCGUCAAAAAGGUCACCUGGCGCCGGGUGCUCCGGAAGAUCAAGACCAUCUUCCGUCACAAAAGGUCAGUGAGCAUCGGCUCACCCACUAAAUUCCGGCACCUGGUGACGGGUGGCGUCGAGCCCCUUAGGACUGCACCUCCUCGCGCGGUAGUGGUUUCUGGUGCGAAGAGAGGUGCAGAAAAGGUUGACGUGGAGAAGGAUGGUGAUAGCGAUUGGGAGGAUGUCGAUUAG